UUUCGAGAAGAGAAGGGAGAGAGGGGGAAGGAAGUGAGUUCUACGGAGAAGAGAGGAGAGGUAGGGGAGAGAAAGAGAUAAACCCUAAAAAAGGUGAGGAGGACGAGGAGAAGAGGGAUUUGGUGAGCAAAUGGCGCAUCGAUUGCUGAGGGACGUUGAAGCUGACGGAUGGGAGCGCUCCGACUUUCCCAUCAUCUGCGAGUCAUGCCUUGGCGACAACCCGUACGUUCGCAUGACAAAGGCAGACUAUGAUAAGGAAUGCAAAAUCUGUACAAGGCCUUUCACGGUUUUCAGAUGGAGACCUGGCCGAGAUGCAAGAUAUAAGAAGACUGAAAUUUGUCAAACAUGCAGCAAACUUAAAAAUGUGUGCCAGGUGUGCCUGCUGGACCUCGAGUAUGGUCUACCUGUGCAAGUUCGAGAUACAGCUUUGGCUAUAGGUUCAAAUGAUUCUAUACCAAGAAGUGAUGUGAAUAGGGAAUACUUUGCAGAGGAACAUGAUCGCAAGGCUAGAGCUGGUAUUGAUUAUGAAUCCUCCUAUGGCAAAGCACGUCCAAAUGACACUAUAUUGAAACUUCAGAGGACGACACCAUAUUAUAAAAGGAAUAGAGCACAUGUUUGUAGUUUCUAUGUAAGAGGUGAAUGCACAAGAGGUGCUGAAUGUCCUUAUCGCCAUGAGAUGCCGAUAACUGGAGAAUUGUCACAGCAGAACAUUAAAGACCGUUACUAUGGAGUGAACGAUCCAGUUGCACUCAAGCUUUUGAACAAGGCAGGAGAAAUGCCAUCUCUUGUUCCUCCUGAAGAUGAGAGUAUAAGGACACUAUAUGUUGGUGGGCUGGAUCCUCGUAUUUCAGAACAAGACUUGAAAGACAAUUUCUACGCAUUUGGUGAGAUUGAAUCGAUAAGGUUGGUUCUUCAAAGGGCAUGUGCUUUUGUUACAUACACAACCAGGGAAGGUGCCGAAAAAGCAGCAGAAGAACUAUCAAACAAGCUUGUCAUAAAAGGGGUAAGGCUGAAGCUGAUGUGGGGAAAGCCUCAGGCACCAAAGCCGGAAUCAGAAUCCCAAGAUGAUGAUGCUGCAAAACAAGGAGUGGUGGCCCAUGGUGGUAUGCUUCCAAGAUCAGUGGUAUCUCAACAGCAAAAUCAACAGCUUCAGCCUCCAGGUACUCAGGAUCACGUUCCCUUGCCAUAUUUCAACAUACCAGCUCCACUCCCCCCAGAAAGGACAUUUUACCCAUCGAUGGAUCCUCAGAGGAUGGGGGCCCUUGUUACUUCUCAAGAAGCAAGCAGCAGCACAUCAAGUGGAUCGGCAGAAGGACAGGACAAACAGAAACAGCAGCAUGCACCACCACAAGGAUCUUUCAGGCCCCCAGAUGGUUCUCAUUAUCCAUAUCAAGCGCCACCGCCUCAACAUGGCCCGUACCCGCCAUUCUAUCCACCUUAUGGCUUUAUGCCGCCACCCUAUCCACAAUACCCUCCAUACCAAUCUACGCUGCCUCCCCAACCACCACCACCUCCUCCUCCUCCCCAGCAAUAUCAGGCCUAGCAAUUCUAAAUCUUCACGCACGUGUCCUUGCUUGUAUUGUUGAUCUUUAAAUGCUUUUUACCCGACAUGGUAUACCAAGUCCUGGCCGAGUAUCUAGUUGCCGAAUGGAUAUCUUAAUUGGACGUAAUUAUCUCGAUCGUCAUUGUGUUACUGAGAAUUUUUUGCAUGUUCUUUGCACUACUUUACGAGUGGAAGCUUUCCUUGUGCGAAGGCCAUUAUUCAGGCGGACACUCGAGAGUAAUUGAUUGUAAAAUUCUGUGUUUGUUUUUA